ACGACAGGUGUUCGCGACGAGCAACACGCACCGCGCACCGACGACCACGCUACGCAGACGAGGGCCGGCUUCUGGCACGCCGACGAGUGACAGUGUUUAGGGGAGAGUACCGACCCCCUCGCCGUUUGUUGAUCCGUUUAUUUGCUGUUGCGGCGCAAUUCGGUAAUUUGAGGUUUUGACUUGAGAUGGAUCCGGGACCGUGACUUGAUAAAGUGAUUUAAAGGAUUUUAUCGAAUUUGACAAGUGAUUGUUGUUCAGUGCACCAAAUUUGUGGAUUACGUACUAAUGUUUACAUUUGGAUUUCGUCCAUUUUUCCACACACAAUAGAAUAUGACCAUCCAAAAUGACGAUAGCAGCUCUGUUACUUAGAGAGGAGUGUUCCACCUCCUUGUCCUCCAUAGUGGAGAAGUCGCAGACGAAGAAGCCACCUUUCCUGGAGUACGACCUGAUCCUGAACAACAACCACCUGGACCUGAUCCUCACCUCCAACAACGAACGCAUUCUGAAGUCCACAUCAAGUGAUGAAGGCUUCGAAUCGGACAUAGACAGUGUGUCGAUAGUUUCUAGUGAUGAAAGCUUCACGUCGGCCAACCUGCCCGAAGGUGGCGUCAAAAGUGAGGUCGACAGUGCCAAUGGGUCGUCCAGCAGUGACUCAGACACCGACUCCAAAAACGACGAAGGCACCUUAACGAAAGCGAGUCAGAAACUAACUAACGCCGUCAAGGAAACCUAUGAUCUAGUCAAAUGUAUAUGUUACACCGAUGUCAAGUUCCCCGACAUCCUGGUGUUCGUCAUACAGAACGUCACCUACGUAUUCAAGUUUAGUAAUUUAAAUAGCCUGCAGAACUUCUACACGAACUUCACCGCCCUGAAGGCGGUAGCCAACCAAAAAGUCUACAACAAAAACUUCCCGGCCAAGUUCAACCUGCUGCAACGCACCGACAACAACGGCGUCACCCACAUAGAGAUCACCAGAGAGUCGGGGGUUUAUGCCCGAGAUGAGGGCCCGAGCAGCAUCAUCAGCAUCAUAGCACCGGACAACCCUCACGACAAAUCCAAACCGGACGACAAGUCGAAGAACCCGAACUCCCGCCAAAGGACUGAAAGCAAAAUACUGGGUGCGGGCGACGGCACGCUAGUCAAAGAGCCGGAGCCCCAGGACGGCACGCUGAGGAAGGUGUGGAACUCGGCGGACGACCUGCUCGACUCCCCCAAGCGGCCGGAACGAAGGAAAAAGCCGAAGGGCAACGCCCCGCCGCCCCCCGUCCAACUCAACGACCAGAAGAGCGUCUACAGCGGACAGUUCGUCCGCGUCAACGUCAACUUCGACAUACUGAAGGACGAGAAAAAUCGGCUGAUCAUCAAAAGCGCCUGCGACGAGCCGCACCCCAGGAAGCUGCAGCACAAGCUGGCGGUGCCCAAGCCCAACUUCCUCAAAGCCAAGCCCGCGGUGCCGGAGGUGAGGAGGGAGACCAGCACCCUGAACCGGAACAGGCUGGUGGCCGAGACUAGCUGGACCAACUCCAUGCCCAAGGCACUCAAGAAGCCACGGAGUAAGUCGGAGACGAGGCAGUUCACGCCCAUGGCCUACAGAUACAUAGACACCACCCAGAACUACCCCCAUUCCUACAGUCUGGCCCCCGUCACCUACUUCUCCCAGUCCACCGGUUACACGUCGGGUUUUUCCAGUUUGAAAACCGGAAGCUCGCACUUGAACAACAGGCUGUUCGGCCUCUCGUCCAAGCUCAAAGACUUCACCGGACACGAAGCGAAGCACGACGACAAGUGGAACGGGAACGAGGGUGGGAACGGUGGUAAUUUGAAGAGUGUCAUCAAAAAAGAGGACACCAAGAAGAAGAACGACAAGAAGGUGACGUUCAGCGCCUACACCACCGUGCAGGUGGUCUAAACCCUUCAACUACUAACCACGUUGGACAUUUUUAGACCUCCUCAGUUUAAGAAUCUCCAGCGUCUAAAUUAUGUUGUAAUUUUUAAAUCUACCCUAAACCAAAUAUCGUCUUGUUUUAAUUUCAUAUUUUUACUUCUGAAAAUAUGAAUUUUGCACACAAUGUUAGCACCACAUGAACCUGAGGACCUUUGAGUUGUCUUUUCAUUUCAGCUGUAAUUGUAAAUGUAUUUUUUAUUAUUUUCCUUGAAUAAUUUUAAGUAGAUUUACUAAUUAUAUCCAUCAUUCGACUAAGGUACCACCCAACUGAGGUCUGGUACCAUUUUCUUGUAUAUUAUUUUAGUUGUAUAUAUUGUAACACUCUAUUUUAAUAAACGUGUAUUAUAAA